GAGGUGUCUGACCUCCCAUCCCAUCACUGCUGGGAACGCAGUUUUAAGGUGGGUCUGGGGUCCCCUUGGCCCAGAUGGGGUUCAUUUAGGGUUUUAUUUUUAGUUCUCGGGGGCACAGGGUUGGGGAGCAUGGUUACGGGACCCACAGUUGGGGGAGUUUGUGUUCGGGCCACCAGAUGGGAGGUUGUGGAGUGGGGCAAGGAUUGGGGCCAUGGGUCGGUGCUUACCCAGUUGGCCCCCUGGCCUAGAGUUGGGGGGCUCGGGUUGGGAGGUCUCUCGUUGCGGUUGCUGGGCUGGGGGUCGCCGUUGGGCAGGGGUUGGGGCAUCUGCACCCUUGCUGAAGGCUGCGUGUGCCUUCCCUCCCAGCCUGUUUGGGGGCCAGGCCGAGGGGCCGCCGGUCACCAACAUCAUGUUCCUGAAGACGCACAAGACGGCCAGCAGCACGGUGCUCAACAUCCUCUACCGCUUCGCCGAGACCCACAACCUGUCUGUGGCGCUGCCCGCCGGCUCGCACGUCCACCUGGGCUACCCCUGGUGCUUCCUGGCACGCUACGUGGAAGGUGUGGGGUCGCAGCAGCAAUUCAACAUCAUGUGCAACCACCUGAGGUUCAACCUGCCUGAGGUGCAGAAAGUCAUGCCCAACGACACCUUCUACUUCUCCAUCCUGAGGAACCCCGUGUUCCAGCUGGAGUCCUCCUUCAUCUACUACAAAACCUACGCCCCCGCCUUCUCGGGCGCCCCGAGCCUGGACGCGUUCCUGGCCUCGCCGCGGACGUUCUACAACGACAGCCGCCUCCUCAGGAACGUCUACGCCAAGAACAACAUGUGGUUCGACUUCGGCUUCGACUCCAACGCGCCGCCCGAGGAGGGCUACGUGCGCGCGCGCAUCGCCGAGGUGGAGCGGCGCUUCCAGCUGGUGCUCAUCGCCGAGCACCUGGACGAGUCCCUGGUGCUGCUGCGGCGCCGGCUGCGCUGGGCGCUGGACGACGUGGUGGCCUUCAGGCUCAACUCCCGCAGCGCGCGCUCCGUGACCCACCUGGCGCCCGAGACCCGGGAGCGCGCGCGGAGCUGGUGCGCACUGGACUGGCGCCUGUACGAGCAUUUCAACCGCACCCUGUGGGGGCAGCUGCGCGCCGAGCUGGGGCCGCGGCGGCUGCGCGAGGAGGUGGAGCGGCUGCGCGCCCGGAGGCGCGAACUCGCGACCCUGUGCCUGCAGGACGGCGGCGCGCCCAAGAAUCACACGCAGAUCAGAGACCCGCGCCUGCGCCCCUACCAGUCCGGCAGGGCGGACAUCCUGGGCUACAACCUCCGGCCGGGCCUGGACAACCAGACGCUGGCCGUGUGCCAGAGGCUUGUGAUGCCUGAGCUCCAGUACAUGGCCCGCCUGUACGCCCUGCAGUUCCCGGAGAAGCCCCGCAAGAACAUCCCGUUCCUGGGGGCGUAGAGGGGCCAGGCCGGGGACGAGGCCUCCUGCGGGCACCAGCCUCUCUCUCCGCCGUCACCGGGGAGGCCGGGGAUCCUCGCAGGGCUUCUGGGGUGUUGGGAAACCCAGGCCCGCCGGCCAC